AUGUCUACUCUAUUAUCUUUAUCUAAUUUAUUACUAUUAUAUAUUAUAACAGAUAUUGAAGAUAAUGUAGAUAUAGUAUGUUUGUUUUUAACUUGUAAACAUUUAUUAAAUAAUAGUAGUUUAAAGAGAUUGAUACAGUUUAAAGGUGUAGGAGAGCUAAUCAAUAUUGAAAAGAGAGAGAUAUCAAAACAGAUUUUUGCAACAGUCAAUCGAUUCAACCUAUUAUCAUUUAAAGAUAUAUUAGAUAAUAGUAUAUCUGCUCAUCAUACCAUAAUAGACAGUGACAUCGAAAAUAGAGACACUACCAACAGUACAAUAGUAUUGGUUAAAGAUUACCAAUUUAUUCCAUGUAUCUACACGGUACCAUCAAUCGAGACACUAAUCAUCAACGAUCAAAGAGAAAUAAAGGAUCCAGAUGAAUAUGAAGAUGAAUAUUCCUCCUACUAUUAUCAAAAAGAAGAAGAGGAAAUGGUAGAUCUUGGUUACAUCUCACAGUUCUUACCUAAUCUACAACGGCUAGAUGUACGUUCAUUUCUAUUGCAAAUUGGUCCACACUCAUCGCUAAAGUCUCUGCAUCUACAUGUUGACGAAUUCGUCAAUCUAAGUGUAUUGAAGAACAAAUUCGAUUCACUGACCGAGCUUAGUGUAAAGAGUAAAUUUAUAUCAAGUGAUACGAUCAAUCUAUUGCCAAGUAGUCUUACAUCACUCACACUAGGACCUCUUGGAAUCCCACCAAGAAAUGCAUUCUAUUCAUUGACAUCACUCGUGACACUAGAUAUCGAUAUAGAAUUUGACAGUCAUUCAGAAACCCCACCAUUCAUCGAUCUUUCGGGUCUAAUCAACCUAGAGACAUUCAAGUUGAGUGGAAAUGACGCUAAACGUCAUGUCGACAUGAACUUUAACAUCAUGAUGACAGUACCACCAUCAAUCAAGAACCUUGACAUUGGACCUGCAUGCAUAACAAUCCCAUCGCAAUGCCCAAUGCCACUAUUAGAGAGAUUAAAAGUACAGCAAUCUCUAUUGAUUGAGAACAAAGGCAGUCUGUCGUCAUCACCAUUACUCAAGAAACUGGUUAUUGACCUUUGUUUUCAAAGGUUUCCAACCAAUUUAAUCCCAUCAACACUCAAACAACUUACAAUUCAUAAAUAUUCUGGUAAUGUCAAUAUACUUGGAAAGGGAGUAUUCCCACCAACAAUUACCUCCCUAUCCAUCAAGGGGACAGGUAUCGAGACAAUUCAUCCCAAUAGACUACCAUCACUCAUUAAACUCAAACAAAGAAUCAAAGGAUCUGUCCUUCCUGCACUACCUCAACAUUUAAAACAAUUCACUUGGGAGGCCAGUCCUUAUCGAAACGAUAAACCACUAUUAGUUUUCCCAUCAACCAACAACUAUCCACCUCAUCUUGAAACACUCAACCUCGUAGAUAUCUAUGAUGACUUUACCAUCAAUGUACCACCAAUCACCAAAUAUCUAUUAAUACCUUUAGAACCAAAUUAUUCUGAAGAUGGUAUUCCAAUAUAUUCAAUUGGCUCAAAAAUUGACAACACAAUCAUCCAAUCACAACAACAACAACAAUGGUUACCAGUCAAUACUACCCACCUAACUUGUCGGUUCUGUAAAGCGACAACAGGCAGAAAGGUUGCAUUUAGAUUGGAUGAGGUAAUCAAUCAUACCAAUGUUACAUAUUUAAAUAUAUGGAUCAUUAAAAUUCUAGGGUUAAAAUUUGAAUUUACAAUUCAAAGAUUGGACUCUGACAUCAAUAAUAAUAACAACAGCGUAUUGGUACUGGAAAGACAAACACUUCAAGGUGGAAUAAUCACUCGGCAACAAAAAACAACAAUCAACAGUCAACAACACCAACAAUAUGAUCCAAUUUAUUUAUAUUUUAAUAUCGAUUCUACUUCAUCUCCAUUUGAAUUGAAUUUAUCUUAUCAACACCCACCAAUUCUAUGA